AUGGCGGCGCUGGGCGGGGAUGGGCUGCGCCUGCUGUCGGUGUCGCGGCCGGAGCGGCAGCCCGAGUCGGCGGCGCUGGGCGGGCCGGGCCCCGGGCUGUGCUGCUGGGUGUCAGUGUUCUCCUGCCUCAGCCUCGCCUGCUCCUACGUGGGCAGCCUCUACGUCUGGAAGAGCGAGCUGCCCAGGGACCACCCCGCCGUCAUCAAGCGGCGCUUCACCAGCGUGCUGGUGGUGUCCAGCCUCUCUCCCCUGUGCGUGCUGCUCUGGCGGGAACUCACGGGCAUCCAGCCAGGCACAUCCCUGCUCACCCUGAUGGGAUUCAGGCUGGAGGGCAUUUUCCCAGCAGCACUGCUGCCCCUGCUGCUGACCAUGAUCCUUUUCCUGGGCCCACUGAUGCAGCUCUCUAUGGAUUGCCCCUGUGACCUGGCUGAUGGGCUGAAGGUUGUCCUGGCUCCCCGUUCCUGGGCCCGCUGCCUCACAGACAUGCGUUGGCUGCGGAAUCAAGUGAUCGCACCCCUGACAGAGGAACUGGUGUUCCGGGCCUGCAUGCUGCCCAUGUUAGCCCCGUGCACAGGUCUGGGCCCUGCCGUGUUCACUUGCCCACUCUUCUUUGGAGUCGCUCACUUCCACCACAUUAUUGAGCAGCUGCGGUUCCGCCAGAGCAGCGUGGGGAGCAUCGUCUUGUCUGCGGCGUUCCAGUUCUCCUAUACUGCUGUCUUCGGUGCUUACACUGCUUUCCUUUUCAUCCGCACAGGACACCUGAUCGGGCCAGUUCUCUGCCACUCGUUCUGCAAUUACAUGGGCUUCCCCGCUGUGUGCGCAGCCCUGGAGCACCCACAGCGGCGGCACCUGCUGGCCGGCUAUGCCCUGGGCGUGGGACUCUUCCUGCUUCUGCUGCAGCCCCUCACGGACCCCAAGCUCUACGGCAGCCUUCCUUUAUGUGUGCUCUUGGAGCGGGCAGGGGGCUCAGAGGCUCCCCUGUGCUCCUGACCUACACUGCAGCUCACACUCCACGAACUCUAAUGGGCUCCCGGCCCCUCCCUGCCAAGAAGCCCUGCAGGGGCAGGGCUGGCUGGGGUCCCCAAGAUCUCAGGAAUUUUUGUAGGGGAUUGAAGCCAGAGCAAGUUGACUCCCAGGGACCAAGAGAAGGAGCAGAUGUCCCCAGGGGCAUCCCCACUCAGAGGGGUUGAAGAGCUACUGGGAGUGAGGAGAUGGGCAGGUCCCAGAGCCGUGCCCCCCCUCACUCGGACUGCCUCCUUCUCUGAGGCCCUCCGCUCCCUUGGCCUCUGAAAAGCUGCUCAGGGGUUGAAUCUAAGACCCCCCAUCUUCCCAGGGUUUUCUCAUUCUUUUUGCAUCAGGACUUUGUACUGGGAUAUUAAAGAGAUUUAACUUGGGUAAUACAGCCUCGGACCUUUAAGAAUCAGCCUACUAGGGGUCUCAGAGGUUUGCCCAUACCUGUCCCAGCUGCCUGAACACUAAAUGUCUGGCUGAUCCCCCAGCAGGCAGAGGUCCCUGGAGCAGGGCACAGGAGGGGACCUCUGGCUGCCUUGGGUUUGUAAUCCUCCCGAGCCUUUUCCUAGUCCAGGUGGGUCUGAGGCUGUGCAGAUAGCAGGUGUGGGCCCAGCUCAUCCUGCGGUCUUCUGUGGCUGCCAGGGUCGGAGUGGGGCCAGCGGCCCUGGCCCAGUGACAGAACUUCAGCUGGGGCCUCCACCACGACUUCCAUGGAGUCUGUCUCCCUCACACGGGAAAUAGGAGAGGCCCCUGCUCGGGGGCACCCCCGGUAGCGGCUUUCUGGUUCUUGCCACCCCAGACUUCCACUUGCCUGCCCCUCUGGGGAGACCUGAACACUGGCUAGGCGGCAGCCCCAAGAACAGCAGGGCCUGCUGAACACUGGUGUUAGGGUUCUUUCCUGGAACCUACUCGUGUUCUACCUGCACCUCCUUGUGGGUUCUUAUUCCCUGCCCGUUUCUAACUCCCAUCAACAUCCUCAUUCUCAGGGCAUUCACAGUAAUUUACCAUCUCACCACAUCCCGGGAGUCACCUGUUUCCUAGAAGGUGGCACCCUGGGCUUGACCCUCCUCUGCCCCCACUAGCUGUGGUGUCCCUGACAAGUCAUUUCACUGCCUGCUCUGCAGACUGGAUGACAUGAGGGCUCCCUGAGUUACAUGUUAAGCGCUUAGAACAGCCCCUCCCACUCCGAAGCUCAGUAACAAGUAACUCACCCUGUUUGGGUGUGUAUACAAUAGGUACUGAAGAGUGACUAAAAUCAAGGGAACUACUGUCAUUGUCACCACCCUCCAAGCCCCCUCGGGGUUGUGAGACGAACAGGCCCUUGGGCCCCAUGGCACAGGGUUGCACAGGACCAGCCUGGCACAGACAGGGCAGAGGGAAGCCAGCUUUAUUGAACAUGUUCCCAGGGCCUGGGGGUGAGGUCUUCUCCCCCCAGGAGCGGGACCCCCAAACCUCUCUCUAGAUCCCAGGCCCAUUUCUCCACCAGCUGUAGUCUCCAGUGGGGGCGGGGGGACCCAUAUUUGGCAAGAGAUGAGGAGGUGAGUGGUCCACCAAUGGGAAAGGACAAGGGCUGGAAGGGUGGCUGGAGGCCGGGCCCAUCCCUGCCGCCUGUGGCGUAGGACAGGGCCUCCAGGGUGGGGCCUGCCUGCCCUUGGCACUGGCCGGCCUGCGCCUGCCUGUCAGCACAGCUUCUGGUGAAGCCUGGGGUGGGAACAUCAGGGCUGCAUCUGGGCAAGGUCACUCGAUCUCCAGGAUGAGGUCGUCGCCCUCCAGUGUCAUAUCCACGGCCACGUGGACCUUGCGGAUGGUGCCCUCCAUGGGCGCUGUCACCACAGUCUCCAUU